AUGGAAUUGGAGGUGUUCUUGGAAAUGCUUUAUUGCUGCUCCUAUCAAGAAUAUAUUUGGCGCAUCAUGCGAAUUUCAUGGUCUUUAGAGUCUAUAUAUGUUGGUAAUGCACGUUUUUUCGUACCAAAAUCACUGGCACAAAUUGAAGACGCCAAUUUCGAGACAUGCAAGAAGCUAGCUGACGGGUACACUUCAAGUUCUGAAAGUGAUUUUUCAGAUAUUUAUCAUCAUUUAAGUGUUGGUAGAAAGCAGAAGUCCAUAACGGGAAGAAGAAAAGUUCAGUCUAUCCUUCCUUCAAGCAAGUAUAGAUGUCGCAAUUACCACAGCCACUGCUGCCACCAUGUUAGGUUGAAGACUAGGGAAGUAUCUGUUCAUUUAAAGGGUGAAUCACGAAGACUAAGGAAUUCACGACAGCUUUAA